AUGUCGAAAUGGCUUAAAAAGAUGAUUGAACUCCAAUGUUUUCCUUUCUCUUUCAAUUGCGAUUUGAGCGGCCCAUUAUCUUACAUUAGUUCAUGUGAAAUUCAUUUCCAGGUUCUAGAAGUUCAGUUCAUUAAUUCGCUGCAAGGCGGCAACAUGCUACUUGAUUUACGGAUGAGGGACGCUGGUGUAGAGGAGAGGAAACAAACGAUGGCUGAAGAACGUGCAAGAAGAAUGGAAGAGAAGGCAGCAAAAGAGCACGCUGCUGAAGAAAGGCGUAAAGUGGCAGAAAUGGAGCGAAUCGCACGACUUCAAGAAAUCGCAGAGCGAAAAGAAGCUCGUCAUGCUCAGCUUGCCGCCCAGAGAAACGAACAGGAGCGAUUGCGAAGUGAGAAGCGCAAACAGCAACAAGAAAAACUCAACGAGCUACGACUGGCUGAUGCUGAGGGGAAUGAGUCUCUGAGAAAGCGAAUUCAGGAAAAGAUUGAAUCAACAUGUCGCCGUCACGAACAAAAUUUGGAAGAUGUUCGAAUACGCGCUCAAGAGUUCUCGUCCCCUCGACCUCCCUCUGGUUGUAGAUGGACGUGGUCAUUCGUAGAUUACAAUCACUGGCCAUCAGAUAGCCGCGGAACCAUUUUCAAAUGUGGGCCUUGCAAUACUGAUGUUUUCACGGAGCUCGAAGCUGUAGCUCAUGUAAUGUCACAGUGCCACCUGUCUAGAGCAGGUAUCGACCAUCGUUCCAUAUCUACUGAAGACCUUGAAAAGGAGUUUUGCUCCUUAAUCCAAUGUCCUGCUCCUCAAUGCAGUGAAACAAUACUAGAAGAAGAUGAUGUAAUGUGGCGAAAGAAGCGAGUGAAAGUGAAGCAACGGCUAGCUGCCAGGAAUAAAAAGGUCACUGAACUUAUGGAGAAACCACCCUCUCCCAGCGCUCGUCAAGCGAGAUGUGUUCGUGAAUUAGCGAAUGCGAUCAUUAAAUGUCAGCAUAAGUAUGGAAGACUGGAGGACUCCGCGCUCCAGUUACUGGAACGAGCCUUGGGAGACGUUUGCCGAGAAAGCGAAUCUCAAGAAUGGUUUUCAACAAACCUUGCUCGUCCAUUCUCUGGUUCAAACCUUCUGUUAGAUCUUCUCUCCAUCCAGAUGAAGUGGACAAGCACAGGAGCCUCCACCAGAUUGCUUCUUAAAUUAUCUGCAAUGGUAUGCAAGCUAUGCUCUAUUCCAUCUCUCUGUCGGGUCGUUUUAUUCACAUCUCUCCUCGUAGAACUCAUGGAUAAUAUUAGGCCUGAACACGAUUCGGAAUUGUUGUGUUUACUGGAUGUUCUGUUGGCGACUGUGAAAUGCGCUCGAAAUACUAGUGAAUGGCAAUUAUUCGGCGUGGAAAGCCAUGACAUGGAAAUCCGUAUAAGUAUGAUCGCGAGUUAUUUGCUCGCUUGUCGGCUACCACAGAUUCUCGAAAGGGCUGUGAACCCCUAUGUAUCGUUCGCGCUAUUCAGCAAGCUCAACUCGCUCCACAUUGAGUUGGUUGGAGUUUCAAGUGAUGACACAGGUACGAUUGCAUCGGCAUUCUGUGAUCUCCUACUGAAGGUCUCCAUAUCUACUUUACGAUGUUUACCGUUACAUUCUUCGAAGACGAGCUCUGAUUCCUUAUGUGCCGAGCAUUUCAUUGGCAGCGCUAUGGAGAUUUGUAGCUCUCUCAGCAGAGACUUUCGUACCUGGAAGAUACUUAUGGAGGAGCCUGGUAGCAGUAUUCGCGUUUUUUUACUGCUUGGCUAUGUAAUUAGAUGUGAAGAGAAGGAUAUUAAUGAUUUGUCGUUGUCGUCGUCAGCUCUCGAAUUAGUCGCUCAUUAUGCAGCUUUUGACUCAUAUCAUCAGGUA